GGAAGGUGACCGGGCGCGGAAGUGUCUGGCGGCCGCGCGCCCUCCCGUCCAGGCCCGCAGGCAUGUCGUCUGGGGAUGCGGUGUCCGGUGGGCGGGAGGGUGCCCCACGCGCGGCCGCCGCGCUCUGCGGCCUGUACCACGAGGCCGGGCAGCGGCUGAGGCGCCUGCAGGACCAGCUGGCCGCGCGAGACGCCCUCAUAGAGCGCCUCCGCGCCCGCCUGGCCGCGCUCGAGGGGGACGCGGCGCCCUCGCUCGUGGACGCGCUGCUGGAGCAGGUGGCGCGCUUCCGGGAGCAGCUCCGGCAGCAGGAGGGCGGCGCGGUGGAGGCCGCGCUGCGCCAGGAAAUUGAGAGACUCUCUGAGCAACUAGAAGAGAAGGAGAGGGAGACCCAGCGGCUGAUGAGCCAGCCGGGGCACGAGCAGGAGCAGGAGGUGGCCGUGCUGCGGAGGCGUGUGGCGGAGAAGGAGCGGGCGCGGGCGGCCAGUGACAUCCUGUGCCGCUCUUUGGCCGACGAGACCCAUCAGCUGCGGAGGACUCUAGCUGCCACUGCCCACAUGUGCCAGCAUCUGGCCAGAAGUCUGGAUGAACUGCAGCGCGCACAGGGGGCCGCAGGGGAGAGGAACCCUGAGCCAGAAGGUACAGGUGGGGACGCUUCUGUCCGGGCUGCUAUCGAGAAGUUACAGGAAGAAAACCGACUGCUGAAACAGAAGCUGACACACGUGGAAGACCUCAACGCCAAGUGGCAGUGCUAUGACGCCAGCAGGGACGAGUACGUGCGGGGGCUGCACGCACAGCUAAGGGGGCUGCAGGCCCCCCACGGGCCUGAGAGGCCGUCUGCCCCUGAGCUGAUGAGGAAGGAGAUCUCCCGGCUCAACAGGCAGCUGGAGGAGCGGGUGAAUGACUGCGCAGCCGCCCGGCGGGAGCUGGCGGCCUUGAGGACGGCCCAGGACGCGGCGCUGGAGCGCGCACAGAUGUUGGAGCAGCAGAUUCUCGUGUACAAGGAUGAUUUCACAUCAGAAAGGGCUGACCGAGAGCGGGCUCAGAGCAGGAUUCAGGAGCUGGAGGAGACGGUGGCGUCCCUGCGGCGCCAAGUGUCCCGGAGACAGGACUGCCGAGAGCCAGGCUCCUGCCGGAUUCCCAGUGGGAGCAAAAGCCCCAAGUACUUAGAGGCUGACGCUUUGGAUUUUCCCGUGCCUGGCGGCCAGCGGCCUGGGGCUGGCUCCCAGUGGCUGGAAGCCCCUGCGGAGGGCGGGUGUCCUGGAGCGGCCCGGAGAGUCCAGGGUGAACUGCAGUGCCCGCACUGCCUGCAGUGUUUCGACGACGAGCAGAGUGAGGAGCUGCUCAGACACGUGGCCGAGUGCUGCCCGUGAGCCCCUGGCCGGCGGCGGGCAGGCUGCAUGCCCCCCGCUGCAGCACGGAGGUGCCCAAGUCCCGGGGCCCCAACAGGCUGAGGGGGCUUCUGACGGUUCGCCUUGGCCCCGCUCGAGCUGGAACAGACUGCAUCACAGGGACUGCCGGCGGGGCAGGAGGCCGUGUUGGGGGCAUCUGUGCUCCAAAGACCUUGCUUUGCUUCUGGUGUGGCGUUUGGGUUCCCAAGCUGUCAGGCCAAGGCUGGAGCCAACCUGACAGCCCUGCCCCAGCCUGCCCCUCGGACGCUGCAGCUCGCCAGCAGAGGUGGUGGUCCUUAGGAGGGAAGCCCACCCCGGGACCAGGUUUGCAGAGCUGAGCACUGCCGUGGCACCGGCUCCUGGGGGGCCUUCUUGGCCACAGCAGUCACACAUCUGCACUGACACAUGGGGCAUUGCAAUAGCCUGUGUCACACAGCAGAACUUAGCACACCUGUUUUCUAGUCACUGACUUUAUAAUAAAUGUAUUUGCUGCCGUGA